AUGGGAGUCAUUCGAGGUCCCAGCUUGGCGCCCGUCGCAGGGUCCUCUGCCACCGCCUCAACCUCCAAAUCUGCUGCAACGUCUAGCGCUGCUUCCACUGCCCAGUCGACUUACAACGAUGCUGCAUACGCCUACGCUUCCUUGACGUUUCAAGAAGUGCUGGAAGACUUGUCCUCGCGAUUCAUCGUCAAUCUGCCCGCAGAGGAGCUGAGCUCCAUCGAGAGGAUCUGUUUCCAGGUCGAACAGGCCCAUUGGUUCUACGAAGACUUUUUGCGACCUAUCAAUCCCUCGCUACCCUCGCAAGGCCUGCGACGCUUCAGCGGUUCUCUGCUGCAGGCCUCUGCGCAGACCGUGCCUUUGAUUCAGCAGUACACCUCGGGUGGUGCUCUGGAUGCCGUCUUUGACGAUUUCAUGAGGUACAAGACGAGGGUGCCGGUCUGCGGCAUUGUUCUCCUCAACACGACGUGGGACAAGGCGAGUUGCUUGCUGGUCAAGGGCUGGAAGUCAUCAUCCGCUUGGGGCUUCCCCAAAGGCAAGAUCAACCAAUCGGAAUCGGAACGAGAUUGCGCUGUCAGGGAAAUGCUGGAAGAGACGGGCUUCAAUUGCGAUGAGCUGCUGCCCGGCAACAGCGCCGAGUACAUGGAACUCACUAUGCGAGAGCAAAGAAUCAGACUUUACAUUGUUCCAGGAAUCGAGGAGGAGACGAGAUUCGAGACUCUGACUAGAAAGGAGAUCUCAAAAAUCGCGUGGUUCAAGCUCUCGGAUUUGCCGACGUGGAAGAAGCAGAAGGAGCCUGCCGCAGGACUCGGUGGCAAAUUCUACCUCAUUUCGCCUUUCGUA